AUGCUUCAUCCCAUAAAAAGAUCCUAUGGGAGACCUUGUAUCAAUCAGGCAAUACCCAAACACUCCUUGAUUAUUCCAAGAAGACAUUACUCAAUAAAUGAUCUUGAAAGGGCUAAAGCUAAGCAACAGGAAUUUGAACAGGAUGAAUACAAAGAGUUUCAAGAGUUUAAGAAAUGGAAAGAACAUAGUGCUAGACAGCUGGCUGAAACCAAACCAAAAAGAAUCGUUGUUGCAAUUACUGGUGCUACUGGUGUUGCCAUAGGUGUUAAGGUACUAGAAAUGUUGAAAAAGUUGAAUGUUGAAACACAUGUCAUUAUUUCUAAAUGGGGGAUAGGCACCAUGAAGUUUGAAACUGACUAUACACUAAAAGAUAUUGUUGAUCUUUCUUCCUUCCAUUAUUCUGUGAAAGAUGUUUCAGCUCCAAUUUCAAGUGGUUCUUUCCAACAUGAUGGUAUGAUUGUGGUCCCUUGCUCUAUGAAAACACUAUCGGCUAUUAAAACAGGUUACACAGAGGAUUUGAUCGUUAGGGCUGCUGAUGUUACGAUAAAGGAAAAGAGGAAACUGUUGUUAUGCGUUCGAGAAACUCCGUUAUCAAGUAUCCAUUUAGAAAACAUGUUAUCACUAAGUAAUAAAAAUGUUAUCAUAUUCCCACCAGUCCCUGCAUUUUAUACUAGACCUAAAACUAUAGACCAUAUCAUCCAACAAACUUCUGGAAGGAUUUUGGAUUGUUUUGGCUUUGAUACUAAAGAAUUUCCAAGAUGGAAUGGUAUUCAAAAUCCAAACGUUGUUGAAGAUGAGUGA